CAUUUCUGUUGUUUGAAUUAUGUUUAAUAUCGUCAGAAAGAAAGAACGCCAUAUUGUGACGUUUUAAGUCAGACGGUGCGCAUGUGCAGGAAUCACUUCCGCUUUACUCGACCUACACGGCUUCCGUUGUUUAUACACACCGCAGUUGUUUCUGUUUAAAACACUUUAAUUAAUUGUAGUGAGGCUUGUGUGAGCAAGCUGCGCCAUGGGUAAAAGAUACUACUGCGACUACUGUGACCGCUCCUUCCAGGACAACAUGCACAACCGGAAGAAGCAUCUCAACGGUGUUCAGCACCAGAGGGCUAAAAAGGGAUGGUUUGAUCAUUUUAGAGGCUUUUCUGAUAUUUUAAAGGAUGAACAAGCAAAGAAACCCUGCAGGAAGUUUCUCCAAAGAGGGGUUUGUGAUUUUGGGCCAUCUUGCAGGUUUUCUCAUAUGACUGAAAUGGAGCUGAUUAAUUUAGAAAGGAAAGUGCAAGAUGAAAGACGGCACAGGGAGGGCUUAGAGGACCCUGUGAUGCCUGAGCCCACUGCAGAGGAUUGGCUCUCGAGGAGGGAAAAGAGGCAAAGUGGCCUCACCAGCAAAGGGGAUGCCACCGAUAUGGAAGACCCCCAGGAAACACACGGUGAUGUACCUCCGCAGCUCUUCUCCAUUCCUGACGUCCCACUUUCGCUGGUGCCUCCCCCUCCAGGCGGCUGGAACGUCACCGUCAACACGGAAUGGGGUUGAAAAAAAUCAUCCCACUUUUCUUUGUGUUACCAUUCGCAAUAAAAUGCUUAGUUUUUUUAUGA